AUGGCUGGAAGAAACGAUGCUGCGAUUGCUGCUGCUUUGGAGGCUAUGGCUCAAGCUCUGGAACAUCAACCUAAUGCUGGUGAGAAUGCUGGGUCUCGCAGUUUGGCUACUUUCCAGAGGGAGAACCCGCCGGUCUUCAAAGGCAAGCACGACCCCGAUGGAGCCCUAGAGUGGUUGAAAGAGAUCGAGAGGAUCUUUCGUGUAAUGGAUUGUACUCAGGCUCAAAAAGUUCGCUAUAGAACGCAUAUGCUAGCAGUCGAAGCUGACGACUGGUGGCUAGCAACACGUCCUAGACUAGAAGCUGCAGGUGAAGAGAUCACUUGGGACGUAUUCCUAAGAGAAUUCCUGAGGAAGUAUUAUCCUGAGAGCGUCCGUGGCAAGAAGGAAAUCGAGUUCCACGAACUGAAACAAGGGAACAUGUCAGUGACUGACUAUGCUGCAAAGUUCACUGAAUUGGCCAAAUUUUAUCCAUACUAUGAUGGAGAGGGUGCAGAGUUUUCAAAAUGCGUUAAGUUUGAAAAUGGGUUACGCUCUGAGAUCAAGAAGGCUAUAGGGUAUCACCAGAUCCGCGUUUUCCCUAACUUGGUAGACAGCUGCAGAAUCUUUGAGGAAGAUAAUGCUGCUCACUAUAAGAUUGUCAGUGAUAGAAGAGGUAAGCAGAGUCAGCAACGUGGCAAGCCUUAUGACACUCCAGCUGGCAAGGGCAAACAGAGAACUGCUCCGGGCCAGAGAACAAGUGGGGGAGGUGCUCUUGCCCCAAUUGUGUGUUUUAAAUGUGGCAAGGCUGGUCACAAGAGUACUUACUGCACUGAUGACGUUAAGAAGUGUUUCCGUUGUGGCAAGAGUGGUCAUAUGAUGUCUGAAUGUAGACAUAAAGAAGUGGUUUGUUUUAAUUGCGGUGAAGAAGGACACAUUGGAAGUCAAUGUCAGAAACCAAAGAAGGCACAAGCUGGUGGUAAGGUGUUCGCAUUGGCUGGUACUCAGACAAGCACUGAGGACAGACUAAUUAGAGGUACUUGCUUCAUCAAUAGUAUGCCUUUAAUUACUAUUAUCGAUACUGGUGCUACUCAUUGUUUUAUUGCUGCUGAAUGUGUGGAAAAGUUGGGUCUUGUGCUAUCUUCGAUGAAUGGCGAGAUGGUAGUUGAGGUUCCAGCUAAAGGAUCUGUGACUACAUCUCUUGUUUGUUUGAAGUGUCCGUUGUCGAUCUUCAACAGGGACUUUGCUGUUGAUUUAGUAUGUUUACCGUUAGCCGGGCUGGACGUAAUUUUGGGAAUGAACUUGUUAGAAUAUAACUAUGCUCAUAUCAAUUGUUAUAACAAGACUGUGAGAUUUUCAACUGCCGAAGAAGAAGGAGCUGGUUUAGUGUCAUCUAAGCAGGUACGACAAUUGCUGAAGGAAGAGGUAGAGAUGUUCUCGUUGAUGGCAACAUUGUCAAUCGAGAAUCAGAACAUCAUCGAUGAGCUACCGGUAGUAUGUGAAUUCCCUGAAGUUUUUCCCGAUGAGAUUCCCGAUGUGCCGCCAGAAAGAGGAAUUGAGUUUACGAUUGAUCUUGUACCUGGUACCAGACCUGUUUCUAUGGCACCGUACAGGAUGUCCGCAUCUGAGUUGACAGAAUUAAAGAAGCAAUUAGAAGACUUACUGGAGAAGAAGUUUGUCAGACCAAGUGUAUCGCCGUGGGGAGCCCCAGUGCUGUUAGUGAAGAAAAAGGACAUAAGCAUGAGACUUUGCGUAGAUUAUAGACAGCUGAAUAAAGUAAACAUUAAGAAUAAAUACCCGCUACCGAGAAUAGAUGAUUUGAUGGACCAAUUGGUGGGUGCGAGUGUUUUUAGCAAGAUCGAUCUGAGGUCGGGUUACCAUCAGAUUAAGGUUAAAGAUGAAGAUGUACAGAAGACAGCAUUCAUAACAAGAUAUGGACAUUAUGAAUAUUCAGUGAUGCCAUUUGGUGUUACGAACGCGCCAGGAGUAUUUAUGGAAUAUAUGAACCGUAUCUUCCAUGAGUAUUCAGAUCAGUUCGUCGUGGUGUUCAUAGACGACAUCUUGAUAUAUUCUAAAUCAGAGCCAGAGCAUUCAGAUUAUUUGAGGACGGUAUUGCAAGUGUUGAAAUAA